GAUCCGUGUUUUGCAUGAAUUCCAUGCAAACUGUCGGUUCCUUGUUGUGGGACAGUUGUUUGUAAUACAGUACGCAUGUCGCACGCGCUCACUACGGUUAUUUUAUGCGUGUGCGCGCUGGCCGCGAACGCCGCCGCUGUACCUGCGCCUGCGCCGCCCGCGCCGAUCAGAUCGCAAAACAAAGAAUCCAAAAUGGUGCAAGAGAAAACUACAAUAGUCGUGAGAAGAUUGCCAAAUACAUACUUCUUUCCGUUUAGUUUGUGGCCGUUACCAAAAUUUCCUUUAAAAGGUGUAAAAUUAUUAGAAGCAAAUCCGGACGUGAAGCGGCUCUACGAUGAUUUGCUCAGCAAUUACAAUAGAUUGAUACGGCCGGUGACAAACGUGACGGACAUACUGACGGUGCGGCUGGGCCUCAAGUUGUCACAGCUGAUGGAAGUCAAUUUAAAGAAUCAGGUUAUGACCACGAAUCUUUGGGUUGAACAGAAAUGGUAUGACUAUAAGCUAACAUGGAAUCCUGAGGACUAUGGCGGUCUCGAGAUGCUAUACGUGCCAUCUGAACACAUCUGGCUACCUGACAUUGUACUGUAUAAUAACUGGGAUGGAAAUUAUGAGGUGACACUUAUGACAAAGGCUACUUUGAAGUACACAGGAGAAGUGAAUUGGAAACCGCCAGCUAUUUACAAGUCAUCAUGUGAGAUCAAUGUGGAAUAUUUUCCGUUUGAUGAACAAACAUGUUUCAUGAAGUUCGGUUCUUGGACUUACAACGGCGCUCAGGUGGACCUUAAACAUAUGGACCAGUCUCCAGGCAGCAGUUUGGUCCCCGUCGGGAUUGACUUGAGCGAGUUCUACCUGUCAGUUGAGUGGGAUAUCUUGGAAGUGCCCGCUACCAGGAACGAGGAAUACUACCCGUGUUGUCAGGAGCCUUUUUCAGAUAUUACGUUCAAGCUAACCAUGCGUCGAAAAACCCUAUUUUAUACUGUUAAUUUGAUAAUCCCUUGCGUUGGUCUCACAUUUUUAACCGUUUUAGUAUUUUAUCUGCCAUCGGAUUCUGGGGAAAAGAUCUCGCUCUGCAUUUCCAUCCUCGUGUCACUGACCGUGUUCUUCCUGCUGCUGGCCGAGAUCAUCCCGCCGACUUCGCUGGCCGUCCCUUUACUUGGCAAAUAUCUACUCUUCACCAUGAUACUAGUCUCGCUCAGCGUUUGGGUCACUGUAUGCAUACUUAACGUCCAUUUCAGGUCACCUUCGACUCAUACAAUGUCACCGUGGAUGAAGAAGCUGUUCCUCCAGCUGAUGCCGAAGCUCCUCAUGAUGAGGAGGACCAAGUAUUCGCUGCCAGAUUACGACGACACCUUCGUAUCCAACGGCUAUACGAAUGAAUUGGAAAUGAGUCGAGACAGUCUCACUGAUGCGUUUGGCGACGCGAAGGGAGGCGACAAUGGUGAUUACCGCAAAUCACCAUCACCAGAAGACGACAUUCUAUCUGCUAGUGCUCAUCAAAGGCCUUCAGUGACUGAAUCGGAGAAUAUGCUUCCUCGUCAUCUGUCCCCCGAGGUCGCUGCAGCGCUGCAAAGCGUCCGCUUUAUCGCUCAACACAUAAAGGACGCGGAUAAAGAUAACGAGGUGGUCGAAGAUUGGAAGUUCAUGUCUAUGGUUCUGGACCGUUUCUUUUUAUGGCUCUUCACCAUUGCCUGCUUCGUUGGCACUUUCGGUAUCAUUUUCCAAUCUCCAUCCCUCUACGAUACGAGGGUACCAGUGGACCAGCAGAUAUCUUCAAUUCCCAUGAGGAAGAAUAACUUCUUUUAUCCCAAAGACGUCGAGACCUAUGGUAUUGUAAGUUAAUUUUGUAAAAAAUGGAAAUUUUUAAUAGAGUUUAUAAUAUCAUAGUUUAUGACAAGUGGUGUAUCAGUUUAAUUCUAAUAGAUGUUUUUUUAAUGGAUGAUAAUGGAAUGGUAUCCUCGCCUACGCUAAUGGUAUAUGCUGGCGGGGUACCAGUGAGAGAUGAUAGGUGAGAUGACAAAGCAGGUCAGUUAGCCCAUCGUGAUGAAUACGCCUGGAAUUCAGCACGAUGAUUUUCAGGAGAGACCAUGAGAGUUCACAGAGAGAAAUGGGACUGGUAGUCCGCAUUACUAAUAAUCUCUUCCCCCUCCGCCCUCCCCCUAAUAGAUGUUAGCACAUCUUACAAAUAUAGUAAAAUUGUAACAAGACGAUCUCUGUACAUGAAAGACAUUUAAGAAAAAUUUAUACGAGAGGGUCUUAAUAAGACCGAUACAUGUCAGAAUAAUAAUUUCUAGAAUUUUUGUCUUUUUGUCUGUCUGUGUGUUUGUUCAGGUAUAGCGUAAAAAACUACUAAUACAUAAACACCCAAUUAGAUGUAGUUUUCACAGUUACGUUCCUAAAGAUCUAACUUAAAAUGUGGUGUAUAUUUUAUCUUAAUACAUUAUUUAGAAGUAUUUAAAUUUUAAUAUCUUUCCACUUUUAAAAUCCAAGCGUAUUCAAGUAGUGGGAGAAAACGAGGAAUACCAUUUAUAUAUAUAUAUAUAUACCAUGGGAAUUUAUAAUUAUAUGUAUAAUUUAUAAUUACAUAUUAAUGGAAAACAGUAUCUUCGAAUAUUUCGUUUUAUUGUAUGUACCGAAAUUAAAUUGGAAAAUGCUGAGUCUAUUAUGCCUUUGUGUCAUAUCUAAAAUCUAUAUAUAAUGGAAGGAAUAUUUCCUGAAAAGCUCAAAAUACACAGUCGUUACACAUAAAUUAAUGGAAAAUAAUAUCUUGCAAUAUUCAGUUCUAUUGUCAUUAAGAUUUCGAUUCAAUUUUGCGUAAAUUGAUUAUGAAUUAAGCCAAUGUAGUGUAUUUUGAAUUUAAUAAAACAAGUUUUGUUUGAAUUACCACAGUAAAACUUUAUAAAGAAAGAAUUUAUUCAUAGAAUCAUGCGACUCACACAGUAGUAUAAAUAAAAAAAAACUUAUAUAACAAUAUGACAAUAUAAUAUAACUAAUAUAACAAUAUAAUAAAAAAAUAAAACCUAAAAUAAACAGCAAAAAAUAAUAAUAAGUGCAAGUGUAUACUUGUGUGCGUGUGUGUGUCGCAAUGUUCUGUGAAAUAGGUCUACGCUCAGCAUAUUUGCAUCAACGUUUGAAGCGUUAAAGCGCUGUUUUAAAGCAUAAACGAUUAUAAAUGAAAUUGGUAACAAAUUGAAACAUACAAUCAAUUCAUUGAUAUUUGAUUUGUAUUACUGUUGGAUAUCAAUAGACAAUCAGAGGGAGACUUUGUACAAAAGUCGUUUGCUUUGGUACCUCUGUCCUGUUCGUGUUUCAAUCGUUAAGCAGUUGUGUUUGUAUGGCUGUUGUUCGGUUUGAAGGGUGAGAUAUGGCAGUGAAUUUACAGGGUACAGAGGAAUAACACCUGAGUUCUCAGGAAUGGCAACGCAUGGGGGUAUCGUGGGCGAAAUAGUAUACUCUGUUAUGUGCAUGGUACUGCUCAUGUUUAUAGACGACAGUUACUGCUUUCCAUCAGGUGGGCCGUCAGCUUGUUUGCCAUUAUAAGUUGCAUAAAAAAAGUAAUUAUGAUCGAGUCAUUUAUUACUUUGUUUAUAUUUUCAUUAAAAUCAAUUCAAACAGACAAGAUUAUAAUAUCUUUCAAUACAGCGAUUAGUAGAUUUUAAAGAUGGAAGUUAGGAUAUCAAUAAAAUUAUGAAUACUGGAGAAUUACUAUCAAUUACUUGAUAAUUAUCAACUAAUAACUACCGCUUGUACAAUGGAUUGUGCUCUGAGGAAUUAUUCAAUAUGAUGCCUACGACCACUUUCUAUCGUACGGCUCGCCAUCGACAGGGAGUUCACCCUCAUACCUUACAGCCAAGCUUGGUCGCGUACAACGCGGUUUCAGAGAUGGUUUUUCCCACGUACACUCAGGUUAUGAAAUGAACUCCCUGCCGAGGUUUUCCCAAGAGACUACAGCAUGGGGCUCUUCAAAAGGGGGGUAAAAAGGUUUCUUCAGGGUCGGCAACGCGCGCGUAAUACCUCUGGUAUUGCAGACGUUCAUAGGCUACGGUAACCGCUUACCAUCAGGUGAGCCGUAUGCUUGUUUGCCAUAUCAGUGGUAUAAAAAAAAUAAUGUAAUCGCUAUUCAAUUAACAUUGAAUAAGUAUUAGGUAGUGUUAUGUAUACACAAUUUAUUUGACACACAUUACCUGUAUCCACAAAACAAUCAUCCAGACUCCAAGCGUUGUAAAAGUACUUCGAGCUAAAUAAUAUUAUUCCCGAGACCGGCUUAUUUAUAUUAACAAUAAAAAUAAAUGUUCGGAAUAGAAGACGAUGUUUAAAUAUUACAAGGAAAAAAAAACGAAUCCGCUUUUUUCCUCCUCCAGUUAAAUGAGGCAAGUAUUUGGCGGAGAGGAAAAUUCUUUACAGUGAAACGUGAAACAAUAAGGGAACAUUGAUCUUAUUAUGCAUUUAACUAUAUGUUUGUUAUUAUUAUGUACUGAAAUAAAGUUUGUUUUCUUUAUUCAAAUGGUUAUAUUUAUAUGAAUAGAUUACGUUUAAAAAAUAAAAUAACAAAUUUUAAGCUACAUUAUAGGAUAACCUCAAAGUUAAGUAACUAAUUACUUUUAUAAGUAUAUAAAACAUACAUUAUAUAUUUAGCUUUUAGUGAUUUAAAAUUAAUAUUAUAUAAAUGCAGAUAAAUAGAGAAUGUUUUAAAAACAAUUAAUUAAUUAAUCAAAUGUUAAUUAUUAAGGUAUUAAUAUAAAGGGCUGUGAAUUUAAGUUUUUAAAAGGUUUUAUAAAUUAGUGAGUAAGAUUUAGUAUAGUGCAUGUACCUACAAUAAACAUUACCUAUGGAUAUACACAGGAAUUUCGUGCACAAUAAAUUUUAUGUCUAUCA